CCUCCAGAUUUUCCUUUAAAACCCGCCAACUGCCUCACACUCUAGAUGAACAAGGGAACAAGACAGAGGAGAAACAGUCGAAUACUUUUUUUUGUCUAUUUAAAACCUAUUCAAUCGAGCAAAUCAAAGAGCUUCCGCUAAGCAGCAAUGAGUAGUACAUUUGGGUAUCGUAAAGAGCUUGAUAAAUAUGAAGAUAGUGAAGAUGAACUUCCGGCAUCGUUGACCUCCGAGGAGUUGCAGCAGCUAGAAAGGGAACUUGAAGAUAUCGACCCGGACGAUAACGUACCCAUUGGAUUACGACAGAAAGAUCAAACUGAGAAAACCCCCACUGGAACAUUUAGUAGAGAGGCACUGAUGAAAUACUGGGAAAAUGAGACACGGAAGCUUCUUGAAAAUGAAAGAACAGCUUUUGGAAAAAGCAAGGAAAAAAAUAAGGAGGAGACAUCUGCUGCCACAGAAACUGAGCCGACCACUGAAAGUAAUAGUGAAGUCUCAGAAGGAGCAAAUACAGAUUACGAGGAAGAGGAUGACAUGGAGGAUGAGAGUGAUGAAGAAAGUGAAAACCCGGUUACUGAAGAUGAAGAUUUGGAUGAUGGCGAUAGUGGUUUAGACAGCAAGUCAUCUUGUAGCCAUGAAGAGACAUCCAAUGGCUUCAAUACUCUCUUUGAUGUGGUGAAGCCACCAGACAGUGAAAGCUCAAAACCAGAUGAAACAGAAGACAUUAAAAGUUUCACCAAAUCAGCAAGGGGGAAAUUCAACAGUAGUUGAUGAAAUUCUUGAAAAGAUAAUAAGCAAUGAUCCUGACACCAACAAAGUAGUUCUUAAUAAUAUUGAGAAUAUUAGUAAAGAAGUACUUAUUAAUU